AAAAGUAUCACGAGCGACGACAGUGGGCCCGAAAUUUCCAUUUCCAAUUAGAGUUCCGUGUGCGUCGGUCGUGCGAUCGGAUAGUGCGCGCUAUAAACGGAUUAUAAUGUCCAUAUAAUAUGAUUACUGCGAUUAGUAAUUGAACAUAAGAUAGGUGUGAAGCUCCGAGAAGGUGUCUGUGCUUGUGUGUGCGUGCAGGAUAACAGAGAAAGUAACACUCGUUUAAUUCUGAUUUUAUCGAAAACCGCAAAUAUCACACCAAAUAUUUGCUAUCAAACAAACAGAAAAUAUACAUAUCAUAAAAACAAAGUGAACGGUACUUGAGAGAACUGUUGCGCGGGUGCCGAGAUAAUCAUCACAGGGAGAACGAAUAUAUAUAACGGUUGUCCGAUGCUGGCCAUAAAAGCAAUGCCGAAAAGAAGCUAAAACACAACAAAAGUGUGCUGUGCUAACUGAGUAACUAAAGAGGAAAUCACAAAUAUAAUUAUCCAGUGAUCAUCGAUCGCUGAUUAAUCAAAGUACAUCCAUACAUCCAUACAUAUAUAUUUUGGGGAUCUUUCGAGAAAAGCAAAUAAUGCAACUGCGAGUGCACAACCCUACUAUGGAUUGUAGCGGCCGUUCAAACAGCAACAUUGAACGUGAUUCCGAUUUGGGAGACGAUUUGUCACACGGUGAUCGAACCGACGACGAGAUGCGUGACUGCGAUUCCGUGGACGGAGAACAUCACCAGCUGAGCGCCAAGGCUGCGAUCGCAGCUCGCCUAAGUCACACAGUUUCCGGUGGAGGUGGAAAUUUCGCCAGUCCCGAGCCCCAGACGGACUUGCCCCUCAGCCAUCACCAUCAACUGCCGCCGAAUCAUCCGCUAAACGCUCUGGGCAGCUUCAUGGGCAUCGGUAGCCUACACAGCAUUCCAAAUCUGCAGCACAGCGAUGUGCUCGAGAAGCUCAAGAUGCAGGUCCGCGACAUGAAAGUGGGACUGAUGGAACAGGACUAUGCAGCCCAUGCAGCGGCAUUUGGAGCCAAUAUGCUGCCCACAACGAUUAGCUCGGGAUUCCCGCUACCCCACAACUCGGUGGCAGCCGCAGCGGCAGCAGCUUCCUUUGGCCACGUUACCUCGGCGCCCAGCAGCGGUGGCGGCUACAACAACAACGGCAGCGGUGUCGGCACCAAUACAACCCCCAGCUCGAACAACAACUCGGCGACAAAUGGCGGUAAUUCUGGUGCUGGAGGAGCAGGAGCGGGAGGAGCCGGCGGAGGAGGAGGAGGCGGAGGCGGAGUGGGUGGCCAUCCGUUCUCAUUCGCAUCCCCCUCGGCAGCGCCCAGCGGCAAAGAAGCCCGCCACUUUGCAGCCAAUUCCGCAUCCAACUCGUCGACGUCCAGCGAGGCAUCCAAUUCAUCCCAGCAGAAUAAUGGAUGGAGCUUUGAAGAGCAGUACAAACAAGUCAGACAGCUCUACGAGAUCAAUGACGACCCCAAACGCAAGGAGUUCCUCGACGAUUUAUUCUCGUUUAUGCAAAAGCGCGGAACGCCGAUCAAUCGGCUGCCCAUAAUGGCCAAAUCGGUGCUGGAUCUCUAUGAGCUGUACAAUCUGGUAAUAGCCCGCGGCGGGCUGGUGGAUGUCAUCAACAAGAAGCUGUGGCAGGAGAUCAUCAAGGGCCUGCAUCUGCCCUCGAGCAUCACCAGUGCGGCCUUUACCCUGCGCACCCAAUACAUGAAGUAUCUAUACCCGUACGAGUGCGAGAAGAAGAACCUGAGCACCCCAGCGGAGCUGCAGGCGGCCAUCGAUGGCAACCGGCGGGAAGGACGCCGCUCCAGCUACGGCCAGUACGAAGCCAUGCACAAUCAGAUGCCAUUGACACCUAUUUCGCGACCCUCUCUGCCUGGGGGCAUGCAACAGAUGUCACCGCUGGCCCUCGUCACUCAUGCCGCGGUGGCCAACAACCAACAGGCCCAGGCUGCCGCCGCCGCUGCUGCCGCCCACCAUCGGCUGAUGGGUGCCCCGGCUUUCGGCCAGAUGCCCAACCUGGUCAAGCAGGAGAUCGAGAGCCGUAUGAUGGAGUAUCUGCAGCUGAUUCAGGCCAAGAAGGAGCAAAGCCUGCCGCCCGUCCUGGGCGCCGGCCAUCCGCAUCAGCAGCACCAACAGCAGCAGCACCAGCAACAGCAGGUCCAGCAGCAGCAACAGCAACAGGCCCAGCAACAGUCGCAUCACCUGCAGCAGCAGCAACACCAGCAGCAGCGCCAGCGCUCCCAGAGUCCGGAUCUGAGCAAGCACGACGCUCUCAGCGCUCAGGUGGCCUUGUGGCGCAUGUACCACAACAACAACAGUCCGCCGGGAUCAGCCCACACCUCCCCUCAGCAACGCGAAGCUUUGAACCUCUCCGAUUCCCCACCAAAUCUCACUAACAUCAAACGGGAACGGGAGCGAGAACCCACUCCGGAGCCCGUGGAGCAGGAUGAUGGUCCUCAUCAGCCACCGCCGGCCAAGCGCGUGGGCAGUGGCCUCCUGCCGCCCGGGUUUCCUGCCAACUUCUAUCUGAAUCCACACAACAUGGCUGCAGUGGCAGCGGCUGCGGGAUUCCAUCACCAGGCCAGCCACCAGGAGCAGGAUGCUGGCUCUGAGGGCGAGCCGGAAGAUGAUUACGGACACAAUGAGCACAACACAACGGGCAACUCCUCGUCUAUGCACGAUGACAGCGAACAGCAGCCAAUGAAUGGACACCAUCACAGCCACCACCAUCAUCAUCAGAACCACCAGCUGGACAAGUCGGAUGAUUCGGCCAUCGAGAACUCGCCCAGCACAUCCAACACCACUGCUUCGGUGGGUCACCGUCACAGUUCGCCCGUUUCCACCAAAAAGAAGGGCAAUGGAAAGAACCAGGGCAGCGGAUCGGGAGAGGAGAAGAGCUCGUCUGGGGUGAAACUGAAUCCUUUGGAGACUCUGAGCCUGCUUUCGGGCAUGCAGUUCCAAGUGGCCAGAAAUGGAACUGGCGAGAAUGGCGAACAACAACUGAUUGUCAACCUGGAGCUGAAUGGCAUCAAGUACUCGGGAGUCCUAGUGGCCAAUGUGCCCAAUCUCGGCCAAAUCGAGACAAGGACCAGUUCCCCAUGCCGCCCAGAGGCUUCAGCCCAUCAGGAGCAGUGCGAGCUGCCGGAGGAGGAGGAUGAGGAGGAGCACGAGGGCCAGGAGGCAAAGUCCUCAACUGAAGAGGAUGCCCAUCAAUCGCCGGCUAAGCAGGCGGCGGAGCAUGAACAGGAUGGCCAGGACCAGGACAUGGAGGGCAGCAGCAGCGGCAGUGCAACGGCGGCCAUUGUCAACGGGGGUGGCAGUGUGGGGAUGCCCCUGCUGAAGGAUGCUGUGGUCAGCUAGAAAGGAUAACGAGUGCUACGAAGGAAAUGGAAUACCAAAGUCAUAUUUUUCAGAAAAAUACAAAAGCAGUUAAACUCACACAAGCACACAGAUGCCGAGCCUGAAUGUACAUACACACACACACACACACUUACCAAGGAGGAGGCCAUUUUUUUACAGGCCAGGACAUGGAAAGCGCAUUAGAAAAAUCAACUAACUGCACCCCCUGCUCUGCCUGCAAGACUUAACUUUAAACCGCCGCCAUCAGAUAUAAAGAUCAUAUAGAUAUAUAUAUAUAUAUAUGAUAUGAAUAUAUAUGUUAGCUGAGAUAUGUGUAGGAUACAUGUGUGUGCUCUAUUUCCACAUUUGCAUAAAAGACAAGCUAGCGAGCGUGUAUUUAUUGAUAGCCAUUACAUUCAUAAGUGCAUCACUUUGAACAUCACUUAACCCCAAACCCCGAAACCGAUAAAGGUCUACAUAUAUAUAUAUGAUAUAUGAUAUAUAAUAUAGGUUAGGCUUUCGAGAGAAGAAUCAGUUUUGUUUUUAGCAAGAAAUCUGUUUAAUCCUCCUACUCCUCCUAAAUGGAGACUUGAAUCAUUAUUAUUUUUUGUGUUAGGCUGCAAAGCUUCCUGUACAUAUCAAUCGAUACUUAGUCUGUAGUCGGAUAUAUACAUAAAUACCGUAUCCAAAACCUAAUUAUAAGAACACAUACAUAUACACACACAUCACGGCACAUCCAUUAUGACCACAUUGAAUACGCAUCAUAGAAAUAUUUUAGGCAUUAAAGCAACCACAAGUAAUAAGUAUAAAUGUAUUUGUCGUAAAAUUAAAUUGCGCUUUUGGCCCUCUGAACCCCAGCCCCCCACAUAUGGUACAUAAGAACACUUCUCUUCUGAAAUCUUCUGAAAACUACUCCGAAGCCAAGCGAAAGUAGCAAAAGCAGCAACAAAUUGAUGAGCAUAUUCUAAGCAUAAACGUUCAAUUUAUUGAAUAAUAAAUCUAUUUAAUUUUAGUUCGAA